AUGUCGAGCGCUUGGUUCAACAACAUGGAUGCGAGCCAGCUCCCAAAUUUUGACUUGGAGGCACUUCCAGAUAAUCGCGACUUCGACUUCGAUAUUCUAAAUGGCUUCCCGUUAAAUUUGGGAACUGACGCCAACUCUGCGCAAAUGAGCCUUUCCACGGACGAUGAUAUGAAGAGCAAACUGGCUGAAAUAUGUUCACGGCUAGAGCGUAUCGAGGCAGGCAUGGCAACAAACACUCAGCUCAAUCGACUCAACUCUGUCCUCGAAUCGACAACUUUGCAAGUCAAUCAGCGCAUUGAAACUUUGACAUGUGGAGUGGAUAAACUGAGGCGAGGCUUGGAAGCGUACUCAAAGACAUUAGUUCAGACAAUUUUGGCUGCUGGUGGAGCGGACAAGAUGGCCAAAGAAAUGAACGACCUGCCUCCACUGCAAAUCAAUCACAACAGAAUGAGGCGCAGGAAUGCUUCAGUUCUACAAAUGAAUCCCAAGCCCGUCAUUGUACAAGCAGAAACCCUAGGGCACGAGGCUGAACUCCAAGAGCUCCACAACGAAAAUCGAGAACUAAGAGAAAGAUUGAAGCGACUGGAAGAAAGACUCCUAAAGAAAGAAGCCAAGAUAGAGCACAUCUCAAUAGAGAACAAACAGAGAUGCGUCGAGAUUGCCAAGCACAAGGCUCUGGUUGGACGCGUAGCACAAAAUAUUGCACACGCCUUCAAGGAAUACCAGGAUCUUACCGCACAGGCUGGAAAUAAACAAACCUCAUCAUUCCUGUCAUCAGAAUCGCAGGUUGGAGACAUACAGAUCGCGUACCAGGAGGCCACGAGUGUUUGGAGCCACUCUGAUUCAGAAUAG